AGACUUGCAGGCUUUCCCUCAUCAGAAUGAUGAAGGUUCACUUCACACAUGCCACUCAACAUUUCUGUACUGCAUUAAAUAGAAGAUCAAAAGAAGGUUGGGAUCUUCUCUGGAAAAGUUUGGUCAGGCCAGGCAUUUGAACACUGUCACAGGCAGCGGACUUGACCCAUGGAGGACAGCUGACUCCACAGAGCCAAGGAAUUGGGUUUUGCAAUGGAAGGAUUAUGGUUGUUGAUGCUUCUAAUGAUAAGAGUGCUUGUGGGCUCUGCUCAGUUCAAUGGUUACAACUGCGAUGCCAACCUCCACAGCAGAUUUCCUGCUGAAAGAGACAUCAAUGUGUACUGUGGAGUGCAGACCAUAACAAUGAAGAUUAAUUUUUGCACGGUCCUCUUCUCGGGUUAUUCUGAAACAGACCUGGCUCUGAAUGGAAGGCACGGGGAUUCCCACUGCAGGGGCUUCAUCAAUAACAACACCUUUCCAGCAGUGGUCAUUUUCAUCAUCAAUCUCAGCACCUUAGAGGGCUGUGGAAACAACUUAGUGGUCUCCACAAUUCCUGGUGUCACUGGUUAUGGAAAUUCAACUUCAGUACAAAUAGGAAAUAUUUCAGGAUAUAUUGAUACUCCAGACCCACCAACAAUCAUCAGCUAUCUACCUGGGCUUCUUUAUAAAUUUAGUUGUAGUUAUCCUUUGGAAUAUCUGGUUAAUAACACUCAACUUGCUUCGUCCUCAGCUGCUAUUUCAGUGAGAGAGAACAAUGGGACAUUUGUCAGCACUUUGAGCCUGCUCCUUUAUAACGAUUCAACCUACAGUCAGCAGUUAAUUAUCCCGAGUAUAGGAUUGCCUUUGAAAACCAAAGUGUUUGCAUCUGUGCAAGCUACAAAUCUGGAUGGCAGAUGGAAUGUCUUGAUGGAUUCUUGCUAUACAACCCCAUCAGGGAACCCAAAUGAUGAUAUUCGAUAUGAUCUCUUCCUUAGCUGUGACAAAGACCCUCAGACCACCGUCAUUGAAAAUGGCAGGAGCCAGCGGGGCCGGUUUUCAUUUGAAGUGUUCCGUUUUGUGAAACACAAAAAUCAGAAAAUGUCCACUGUCUUCCUGCACUGCGCUACCAAGCUCUGCAGAGCUGACGACUGCCCCUUCCUUAUGCCGAUUUGUGGCCACAGAGAAAGGAGAGAUGCUGCAAGCAGGACCACUUGGAGUCCCCAGAGCACUUCCGGAAGCGCAGUCCUCUCUGCUGGCCCCAUCAUUACUCGAAGUGAUGAAACGCCAACCAACAAUUCUCAGCUUGGUUCUCUGGGUGAGCCGCCUUUCCAGCUGAACGCCAUCACCAGUGCCCUUAUAUCAGGAAUGGUCAUUCUAGGUGUUCUGAGCUUUUCCCUUCUCCUGUGUUCACUAGCCCUUCUCCACAGGAAGGGACCUACCAGUCUGGUGUUGAAUGGCAUAAGAAACCCUGUCUUUGAGUGA